AUGCCUAGACCAAUUAAUCAAGUAAAAACAAGAAAAUUUCCAGGCAAUAAAAGUGCUGAACGUGCUUAUUGUGGUAUACAAGGUGAUUUAACUUAUUAUGUCAAUGAUAAACGUAUUGUUAAUUGGCCAGUAUCAUAUAUACCUGGUUUAAAUUUAAAUAAUAAACCACCAAUAAAACAAUGGGAUAUAGAUAAUAUAAUGAAUACAUAUGAAAAAUUUCCAUAUUUUUGUGAUUAUCCAAAACCUUUAUUACCACCAACAAAAUUACCAAGAACAGUAUUUCAUGAUGGUGAUCCAGCAACUGAUAUUAUAACAUCUAAAAAAUGUAUACUUGAAGAGGCUGAAAAAGUAUCAGCUCAUUAUGCAAAACAAGAAAAAGAUUUUACCACAAAAUCUCAAAAUAUAUUGACAAAUAAUAAUAAUGCUGAUGAUGAUAAUAUACCAAAAUUUAUUGCUGAUAUUGCUAGUGUACUUGAAAUGGAUUCAGAUCAAUUUUUUAAAGGACAACAUUAUAAUUAUUAUUAUACUGGUGGUUCAUUAAAUAGUAUUAAUUUAAAUAAUGAUAAUAAAAUAUUAUUAUUUCAAUUUGGUAAUGAUCUUGUUGCAUCACCACUUAAAAAUAAUAAUAAUUCAUUGUGGAAAUUAAAUUUAAAAAAUUCAACAAAAUCAAGUAUUAAUGAUGGUGGUAUUAUAUUUGAAAUAAGACAUAAAAUUGAUAGUACAAGUUGUCGUAUAUUAUCAAGAUUAAAAAAUCAAUCAUGUAUAUAUACAAUGAUUGAAAAAAAUAAUAAAAUUAAAUUAUAUCAAGUAACAUCAACAAAAAAAACAAGUGUACCACUUAUUAGUGCUGAUUUAGAUCCAUUUAAUAUUAAUAAAUCUUGUAUUAUUAAUAUGAAUGGUAAAUUAAGAAUAUGGGAUAUUGUUAAAAAUAAAUUAAAAACAUAUUUAACAAGUGAAAUUGAAAAUGAUAAUGAUAAUGAAAGUGAAAAUGAAAAUGAAAAUAAUGUUAUUGGUGAUAAUUGGAGACUUGUUAGAUAUCAUAAUAAACAACAAAAUAUAUUAACACUUACUGAUAGAUGUUGUCUUAAAUAUAUUGAUUUAAGAAGUCAUUGUCAAAAACCAGUAUUAACAAUGUGUCCAAAUAAUUAUACUGAAGUUUGUGAUGAUGUUAUUUCAUUUGAAUUACCAAGUGUAAAAAAUGAUAAUAUACAUUAUAUUGCAACUUAUCAUAAUUUAAUGAUGAUGGAUUCACGAAAUAAUAAAUUUUCAGUACAACAAAAAUGGACACAUCAAAUGGAAUCUGCACCACUUUUUGGAAAUACUCGUAUAUUAAAUAAUCAUGAAGUAAUAACAUUGUCAAGUCAAAAAAUAGGAGAUUCAGUUUUAAUAAUAAAUACAUGGGAAAAUAAUGAUUAUUCACAUGGUUAUAGUUUACCAUAUUCACCAUUAAAUAUAUUGGAUACAUUGAGAGAAUCUCAUCAUCAUGGUAAAUGUCUUGAUCCAUUAUUAAAAAAAAGACUUGAAUUAACAACAGCUGGAACACAAUUAAUAAAUGAUGAUUCACAAAAUUUAUAUUAUCUUGUUCAAAAUUCAGUUGGUGAUGUAUUUUAUCAGUGUAUAACUCAUAAAAAUAAACUUGAAAAAGAAUCAUUUAUAAAUUGUCAAGCAUAUUAUGCAUUAGAAAUGUGGGAAAAACAAAUGUUAUCAAAUCGUCAAGGUAUAGUACCACUUGUUUUAUCAGAUCAAGUUGAUAUGAAAAAUUUAUAUGAUAAUUUUACAAAUAAAACAUUAAUAUAUAAAAAUAAUUCUUCUAAUAAUAAUAAAAAUCCAACACCAUUAUGGAAACAAAAAAUAUCAAAAUUAGAAAAAUAUACUGAUUUACUUGGAGAAUUACUUUUAGAUGUUUGGAAUGUUAAAGAUAAUAAAAAUGACAAUGAAAAUAUUGAUCCACAUGAAAAAAAUGCAAUUGAUAAAAAAGUCAUGGAUUGGAUUGAUUGUACAAAUAAUAUUAAUGAACAACAAGAUAUUAUUGUCAAAGAAGUUGAUGAUGAUUUUAUUAUGGAGCCAAUUAAUUCUCAAGAACUUGUUAGUGUAUCACAACAACCACCAAGAGACCAACAAGCACAGUGUCGUAAUGAUAAUGAUGAUGAUAAUAAUAUAUUUUAUUCAGAUCAAUUAAUUGACUAUCAAGUUAAAAUUAAAAAAAAUACAACAAAGAAACCACAGAAAAAAAAAAAAAAAAAUCUUACAGAUGGUUUUUGUUAAUAUAUACCUAUAUUGUAAUUUUAUAAUAAUAAUAAAAAAAUUUAAAUUU